AUGAAAAAAAUCUUAUUGUUUGUUGUUGUAUAUCUUCUUAUCUUAGCUAUUGAAUCUGCUCGUCGUCAUCGCCGACAAUAUACUGGAUAUGGUUAUGCUCAACAAUAUGGUUUACAAUAUGGACUUUAUGGUCCAGGUGGUCAAAGAUGGAUGAAUAAUCCUUAUUCAAAUCAACAAGGUUAUAAUUGGAAUAAUAUUCAUAAUAUGAAUCAAGGUAAUCGACGUCCUGAAUGGUAUUAUAAUACAGCAAAUAUCAUGAAAUCUUCAAUUCUCUGUUUUGUACUUUGUAUAUUAUAUAUUCUUAUUGUUUGA